AUGGCAGAAGGCAUUCUAUUUAGCAUUGCAGGGAAAAUCUUGGAAGAGUUGGGGUCCUCGACUGUCCGAGAAGGAAAAUUGGCGUGGGGUGUUAAAGGUGAGAUUAAAAAACUUGAGAGCACUGUCAACACCAUCAAACUUGUAAUUCUCGAUGCUGAAGAGCAGCACAGCAAAAACCGAGAGGUAACAGAUUGGAUCCAAAGGCUCAAAGAUGCAUUUUAUGAUGCAGAUGACUUGUUUGAUGAUUUCUUCACUCAACUUCAAUGGCGAGAGGUAUUGAGUCGAAAUAAAUUGGCAAACAAGGUAUGGAUCUUUUUCUCCAAAUCCAAUCAAAUUGCAUAUAAUCUUAGAAUGGCUCAUAAGAUUAAGACUAUUAGGGAGAAACUAGAUGAGAUUAAAAAUGAUAGGCAGUUCCACCUUUCUAAGCGUCUUGUUGAAAAAGGAGUCAUAAAUAUAGAAAGGGAAACACACUCUUUCAUACGUGUAGAAACGGUAAUCGGAAGAGAUGAUGAUAAAAGUAAUGUUAUAAGACUUCUAUUGGACUCAAAUGAUGAUAAUAAUGUUUUAGUUGUUACCAUAGUUGGACUCGGAGGAGUAGGAAAAACCACACUUGCUCAACUUGUAUAUAAUGAUGAGAAUAUCAUAAACCAUUUUGAGUUAAGGAUAUGGGUGUGUGUCUCUGAUGAUUUUACUAUGAAGAUAAUUGUUGAAAAGAUAAUAAAAUCUGCAACUCAUAAAGAACUUGGAAAUUUUCAUUUGAACGAAUUGCAAGAAUUCCUUCGAAAAGAAAUUGAUGGGAAAAGAUAUCUACUAGUUUUGGAUGAUGUAUGGAAUGAGAAUCAUAAUAAAUGGAAUGAAUUGAUGAAUCUAUUAAUGAAUGGUGCAAAAGGAAGUAAGAUACUAGUUACUACAUGUAGUGAAGUAGUUGCUAAGGUUACUAGCAAACUUGAAUCUUAUGUCUAUCCCUUGAGAGGACUAGAUGAAAAAAAGUCUUGGUCUUUGUUUACCCAAAAAGCUUUUGAACCUGGGAAGGAACCAAAAGAUUCGAAAUUAAUAGAGUUUGGAAAAGAGAUUGUGGCAAAGUGCGGUGGCGUUCCUCUUGUCCUAAUGACAAUAGGACAAUUACUUAAUGGUAAUAGUAGGGAAGAUGAUUGGUUGAAUUUUAAGGACAAAGAAAUGUCAAAAGUGAUUAAAGAAGAAAGUGAUAUUUUACCAUUACUCAAGCUCAGCUAUGAUCAUCUCCCUUCAAACUUGAAACAAUGCUUUGCUUAUUGUGCAUUGUUUCCUAAGGAUUAUAAGAUUAAGAAGCAAAAAUUAAUUCAUCUUUGGAUGGCGCAAGGGUUUCUUCAGACAUCAAACAAUGAAUGUCCAGAAGAUGUUGGUAAUAAGUAUUUUAUGGCUUUACUUUGGAAAUCAUUUUUCCAAGAUCCACAAUAUGGUAGAUGGGGCAAUGUAACUGCAUGUAAGAUGCAUGAUCUUAUGCAUGACCUUGCACAAUCAGUUGUAGGAACUGAAUGCAUCAUGCAAACUUUUGAUAAGGUUAAACGUGUGGAUGUAAGAUGUCGUCAUUUAUCACUUGACUGUGGUGAAGUAAAACGAUCAUAG